UCCCAUCCUGCCCCGCGCUCCGCACAUUACGCCAGAGCAAGAUGGCCGACACGGCGGCUACUGCCGGGGCCGGCAGCUCCGGAACGAGAUCAGGAAGUAAACAGUCUACUAACCCUGCUGAUAACUACCAUCUGGCCCGGAGAAGAACUCUGCAAGUGGUUGUGAGCUCCUUGCUGACAGAGGCAGGGUUUGAGAGUGCUGAGAAAGCAUCUGUGGAAACCUUGACAGAAAUGCUGCAGAGCUACAUUUCUGAAAUUGGAAGGAGUGCCAAGUCUUACUGUGAACACACAGCCAGGACCCAGCCCACACUGUCGGAUAUUGUGGUCACACUGGUUGAGAUGGGUUUCAAUGUGGACACACUCCCUGCUUAUGCAAAACGGUCUCAGAGAAUGGUCAUCACUGCCCCUCCAGUGACUAAUCAGCCAGUGACCCCAAAGGCCCUCACUGCUGGGCAGAACCGACCGCACCCACCGCACAUUCCCAGCCAUUUUCCUGAGUUUCCAGACCCCCACACCUACAUCAAAACUCCGACAUACCGAGAACCGGUGUCAGACUACCAAGUCCUGCGGGAGAAGGCUGCCUCCCAGAGACGAGAUGUAGAGCGGGCACUCACCCGUUUCAUGGCCAAGACUGGCAAGACCCAGAGUCUUUUCAAAGAUGAUGUCAGCACAUUUCCAUUGAUUGCUGCCAGACCUUUCACCAUCCCCUACCUGACAGCUCUUCUUCCAUCUGAGCUGGAGAUGCAACAAAUGGAAGAGACAGACUCCUCGGAGCAGGAUGAGCAGACAGACACGGAGAACCUCUCUCUUCAUAUUAGCACGGAUGACUCUGGUGCUGAGAAGGAGAAUGCCUCUGUCCUGCAGCAGAACCCUGCCUUGUCGGGAAGCCGAAAUGGGGAGGAGAAUAUUAUUGAUAACCCAUACCUUCGACCCGUGAAGAAACCCAAGAUCCGCAGGAAGAAGUCUCUCUCGUGAGCUGAGAAGGAAGUCUGCCUUAUACAGGGAUGCCAUUACCACCCUCCUAGGGAAUUGAAGCCAAUCAAGGGGUCAAGAGAAGAUGGCCUCCUCAUGGUCAAGUCAAGGCUGUGGGGUGGAAUCGAGCAUGACUUUAUAGGACUCUGUGUUAAGAUUACCUAUUUCCACUGAGUGCUUGAGUUAAAGGAAAAUAAUGUCAGUAACAAGGAAGCUUUCUUAGCUGUCCAGGUCAUUUUAGCACAGGAGCAACUAUUGGCUUUACUUGUGGCAGGACUGGAUUUUCUUGAUACCUGGAAGACAAGAGAGGGUGGACAGAAAAGAAAGGAUUCCUUGUCUGCUGUGCUUACUGCCAAAAUGUUUGCUGAGUUAUAUUGCAGGACAUCUGUACUUUUUUCUGUUACCUUACAAUUUGUGGUAAUUAUUUAUCAUCCUGAAGUCUGAUUCCUUAGUUCUCUCCUCACCUGGGUUCCAAGUGCACUGGUGAGCUGGUGGAAAGUGGCUUUCCCCUCCCUCCUCAAGUGAGAAGUGGAUGGCCCACACACCAUAGCCUGCAGCUGGACUGCACUCUCUUGAGAGAGCCGUCACUUCCUGUCCCUCUGUGGAGGGUGUACUCGAGCACUCCCUGGUUCUGCCCUUCCUGGGAGAAGAGGUUUUCUUUGACAGUAUCAAUGGACAAAUUAUACUGUGACUUUGGCAGAGGAACCUGACUAUAGAAAACAAAAAAUGUAAUAAUUUGAUGGGCUUGGGGUUCAACUUUUGAAGACUGGGUUUGGGCUAGGCUUCUAGAAGCUGAGAAAACUGACUGGUCUGCUAGAAUCAAAAAUACAUUCCCACCACAUGGUAGGCGUGGGCUGAGAGGAGUUUGCAGCCUAACCCGAGCAGGCCUGAAUCUGCUCAACCUCUGUAUCUCUUACAGAAGAACUUGUCUUUGCUGUACCCCACAAACCAAAAUAAAGUAAAAUGAAAUAAAAACAGGUGUUUAAGAAAGAUGUUGGACAAUCUGAUGGCCUUUGAAGCUGGUCUCUGAAGGAAAAAGCCAGCAACAUCUGGAAGUUAGUUCAAAAUAAACAGAAUCUGCAGGGCCAACAUCCUAAGGUCCAUACUGAACUUUGCAUAUUCUCAGCUUCCCUACUUAUCUCUUACUUGAAAACUCACAAGAUUUGGUGGCUUGACAGCAGGCCCCAUGUCCGUCAGCCUCAUUGUUCUCUAGUGCACUGCUUCGCAUUCCCAGAAGGAAAGAACUGCUUGUCAGCUAGUGCAAAAAUUGGAUUCCCCAACUCUGGAUCACAAAAAGAAUUUUGUGUGUGGUGAUUGGGAACUCUUCCAACUGAAAGUCAUCAGAUUUGGCCUGUCCUGAUCACUCAGAGCAUGUGAUUUGGUUUGGGGCUGUUCUUGGCCUGUUGAAGUUAAACAUAGCCCAGGUAUAAGCCCUGAUAGAAGUUUGCCUGAAGAUUUCAUGAUUUGCUGGUCUCAGUGGCUUCAGGAGGGACCAAUUCUCCAGUUCCUCUCACUGUUGUGGCUCAAAACAAAUACCUGCUCAGUGUCAUCAUGCUAAAUGGGAUUUGGAAAUGAGUUCCCACCUUCUGCUAGCGUGAUAUCAGAUGCCACGCUACUGUCAUUUCAUCUGGAUGAGACAUUGAGAAAUGAUUAUGUGAUUUGAAACAUUUAUGUAACGAUCAUGUAAAAACUGCAUAAUUCUCCAUGUAUAUUUAUAAAUGUUUUAUUUUUUAUAUAACUUUGGGGGGAAUACUUGAAGAGAAAAGGUAGUAAACAAAAAAAUUACCGGUGUGAUUUAUGAAUUCUCAAUAAAAGUUCAUAAUAAAAAUUUUGUAAAUAGAAACAUUGUGUCAAGCCAGAU